CCAAAGACCCUGGAACGAGCGCAGCAUGUCGUCGUCUAAGUCGGGUGUGGUUCUGGGUUACUGGGAUAUCCGCGGGCUCGCGCACGCCAUCCGCAUGCUCCUGGAGUUCACGGAUACAUCCUACGAGGAGAAACGGUACACGUGCGGGGGAGCUCCUGACUAUGAUAGAAGCCAAUGGCUGGAUGUGAAAUUCAAGCUAGACCUGGACUUUCCUAACCUGCCCUACCUCCUGGAUGGUAAGAACAAGCUUACCCAGAGCAAUGCCAUCUUGCGCUACAUCGCUCGCAAGCACAACAUGUGCGGCGAGACCGAAGAAGAAAAGAUUCGAGUGGACAUCAUGGAGAACCAAAUAAUGGAUUUCCGCAUGCAGCUGGUUCGAAUCUGCUACAACUCUGACCACGAAAAAUUGAAGCCUCAGUACUUGGAGCAGCUGCCUGGACACCUGAAACAGUUCUCCUUAUUCCUGGGGAAAUUCUCAUGGUUUGCAGGAGAAAAGCUCACCUUCGUGGAUUUCCUCGCGUACGAUGUCUUAGAUCAGAACCGUAUGUUUGAACCCAAGUGCCUGGAGGAAUUUCCAAAUCUGAAGGCUUUCAUGUGCCGUUUUGAGGCUUUGGAGAAGAUUGCUGCCUACAUGCAGUCCGACCGCUUCUUCAAGAUGCCCAUCAACAACAAGAUGGCCCUGUGGGGCAACAAGAGAGUUUGCUGAGCAGGAGGCCAGCGCACGCUGCUCCUUCUGUGCCGCCCUGCCUGCAGGGCCUGUGUGCUCCCUUCCCUGCUCUUUUCAAUAAAUAGCGCUUGGGCUG